AGCACGCUUUUAUCUGAAAUGCCUGGAGUUCUUCCAAGGCAUGAAUAAAUCUUAAAGUCAGUUCGAUGGCAGACAUGAACGAGGAACCGCAUUCCCACGAAAAGCUUGUGGCCAAAGCAAGGCGGGCGGGGCUUCAGGAUUCUGAAACAGGCAGCAUAAAUAGUAUAGAGACAGUGGACGAAAUCCUGGCUCCUAUUACGCCCGCCAUUAAAGCGAAUAUUAAAUCUCCUGGGGAUCUACCCACUCCGAUUUCUCAGCCAGUGGGAAUCUAUCUCCUCGAGCCUUUAAUUUUGAUCCUGCUAUUUGCCUACAACUUCUCGUCAACUGUUCUUAAAAAUGAAAUCAUUUAUCAAAGCUGCACGGCUGGUUUUCGAUAUCCGGAUGAUGUUUGUUUAUUAUUGGGGACCAAGAACCCCACAAAUGAGACAAAGAAAAUUGAGGAAGAAGUUCAACCAUAUGCAGCUCGGGUCACUCUUGUAAUGCGAAUGGUGGAAUGUAUUAUUCCAGCCUUUUGUGGUCUUUUUGCUGGAGCCUGGGCGGAUCUGUAUGGCCGGAAACCACUCCUAAUGGCCUCCUUUUUAGGUUAUGGAAUUCAAUAUUUAAUUUCCGCUGUUAUAGCAUACAUGGCUAUACAAUACCAAGGGUUAGUCAGUCCUUGGUGGUAUGUCCUUUCGAUUGUGCCCCUUUCCUGCUUGGGAAGCAGUGUCACCUACUCUGUGGCAGCAGUUUGCUUUAUUGGCGAUGUCUCCGAGGGCAGAGUACGUUCCUACAGGAUGAUUGCUUAUGAACUGGCCAUCUACAUAGGUUUGCUUCUAGGAAGUUUCGCCUCAGGAUAUGUCUAUGAAGCCACAGAUGCCUACAUGGUUUUUAGCAUUUCUGCGGGUUCCAUUUUUGUGGCCGUGUUUCUCAUGAUUGCAUUCCUGCCAGAGAGCCUGCCCAUGGAAAAUCGCACCUCUACCACAUCGUCUAAUCAAGGAGGACUGAUUUCCUUACUGAAGGAUUUGUGGAGCACCUGCAAAAAGGCACGAGAGCACAAUAACCGAUCUAUAGUUCUGAUUGUAAUGGUGGUACUGCUACUAACAGCCUUCGUUUCAGAUGGCAGUAAUUCGGUUUUCUACAUGUUUAUGAGGGCCAAGUUCCAUUGGUCCGUAAAGCAAUUCACGGAAUACGAGUCCGUCAGCAUUUUAGUGCCAGCUGUGGCUGGAUCUGGCGGAGUGAUCUUCAUCUGGUCUCUGAGAAAGUGCACCAAGUCAGCGAUUCUGUGGUUGGCCUUGCUCUCCAUUCUCAGCCACGCGACCAGCAGCCUGAUGAAAGCCUUCGCCAUGGUUAGUUGGCAGAUCUAUGUGGCCAUUGGUCUGGGCUUGUUCAAGUCCCUGGUGAAUCCCAUGUGCCGCACAAUGAUCACUAAUCUGCUGCCAGCCGAUGAGCGGGGUAAAAUCUUUGCCCUGCUUGGAGUUUUGCAAACACUUUCCCCACUCAUAUCAUCUAGUCUUUAUUAUGCGAUAUAUACUCGCACCCUGGACAGUGAUCCGGGGAUUUUUAAUAUUGUGAGCGCCAGUUUGUUUGGUCUAGAAAUAAUUUUGUUGUGCAUUGUGUGGCAUAAAAAGUCGAAAAAUCAGGUGUACUAUGAGCCGGUUUUCAAGUGAACAUCUAGCCAAUUUCGGACCAAAACAGAAGACGCCAAAAUCGGCCAGUCAUUGGAAACUUUCGCAUAUCAAUUACACAGAUGGUACGGUGACGGGAACUCCCUCGUCGUCGUCCACUGAAAGCAAAAAUCAUUCACCCAUACAUCAAUUCUAAUUUGCAUACUCGUUUUCUGGCGCCCUAAGAAAUAGAAAGAAAUAUAUGUAUAUAUUAUGAUUUAGCGAAUACGAAAGCCCUCUGGACUGCUAAUCUGGAGUUUAAUUACUAAAUCCGAAAUAUUUUCUCAUUAACAAAAAUAUGGGCUAUUAUUGCUGACAAAGCUGAGGCGUGUGCGCAGUCACUUGACAAAUCUUGCGGAAUAUCUAUAAAAACAUUAAGGAUGUGCAUGAGUCUGUGUAUCACCAAUGAUUGGUGCUAACUCCAGAUUUAAACAAAUGUUAAUUUCACUCGCUAAUUUUAAAUUAGCCGCCAGGUUUUUUACACCCUUGGCUGAAGCUCCACCGGGCGCCUUUAAACAAAAAAAUGAAUCUCAAUUUACGCACAAAUUUAAUGCCCCAACAGAGCAGAACGAAACCUCUGGAAUUUAACUCGGAUUCUAUCAGACCCUGUUGCAUGAACUGUCAUUUGACCAAUUAAAACUAAUAUAAAAUAAUUCCCAAAUGAUAAAAAAAGAAACAAAUAAAAUGUGAUAAUCUCUAUUAUGUAAGGUUAAAUUAAAAAUCUUAGA